AUGGCGAACAUGAGGAAGCCACUAACGCCGAGGACCAAACAUUCACACCAGGGCGGCUACAAGGUCGGGGGUUCAAGUCUGAACGGCUUGAUAGAAACGAACAUGGAUGGAAAACACCCGUUAUUGGAUUUAAUAGAGAAGGGGGAGCAGAAAUGGACAAAAAUGAUCUCUCGGUGGAAAUUCGUUAAAGAAAAUGGUGUUAUACUUGUAGACGAGCGUGACAUCGAACCCUACUUUGCUCUGUCACCACGCACGUUUCAAUCCAGAGUCCAGGAUCUUGCCGCGAACCUUCCUUUCUCCUUUAGCCUCGUUGUCACCAACGGGUCUCUCUCCUUAGUAGGAGAGAGAGCAAAUAGUAUCAGAGCAAAGGAUAUUGCAGACCUCGUGGAGCCAUUUGCACAAUGGCUCCCUGAUCUACAAAUGCACGCGAGCGACCACGACAGAGGCAACAUUGUACUUGGCCAAGAUCAACUCGACAAAGCGUUGGAAUUGGUCACUCAAGGGGAAUGUUAG